AGAAAACAAAAGCCUCGCAGGAAGUAAGAGGCCGCGCCUGCGCACUGGCGCUCGGACGCGCCGGGCACGCGGCAGCCGGGCGACGCGAGCGCGCAGCCGCGGAGUGGAGCGAGAUUAGAGCGCAGCAGCGUCGCCAAGUAGUUGGAGCCCGUUUGGAGACAGAAGCGCGCGGAAACCCUAAAGAGGAUUUGUUGGCAAAAUCACUGAGUUGGAGCGGCUCCUCCCCCGCGCUGGGCCGGAACCGCCUUAAUUACUAAUUUCUCGCUCUCUCUCUCUGUCUCUGUCUCUGUCUCUGUGUCUCUCCAUCUCCCGUCCUCACCCUCCUCUCUCUCUCGCUCUCUCGCUCUCUCUGUGCGUGUGUGCGUCUUGCGUCCAGCCCGGAUCACGGAGGUGGACCGAACCGGACUUGUUUGUUGUUGUUGCUGAUUUUUCAUCGCCAUUAUUUAUUCCCCAACUUUCGGCAGCGAGGCGCCACCGGGCAUGGAGGACGCGAAAGAGCCGCCGACCGUGCAGCGGUCCUCCUCCUUCAGCAUCAAGAGCCUGCUGCUGCCCUCCAAGUGCGAGCGCGCCGCCGCCGAGUCCGCCUCCUCCGCCGCCGGGGCCGGGACCGGGGUCUCGCCGGCCUCCGACUCGGACCGCUCCCUGGAACCGCCGGACCCCGAGAAGCCGGCCAAGCUCGAGGAGGGUGAGGAGGAGGAGGAGGAGGAGGAGGAGGAGGAGGGCAGCGCCAAAGCCGCCCCGGAGCAGAACAGCACCACCGGCACCAAGAGCGGCAAGUUCGACAAGCCGCCCUUCAGCUACAACGCGCUGAUCAUGAUGGCGAUCCGCCAGAGCCCCGAGAAGCGGCUGACGCUGAACGGCAUCUACGAGUUCAUCAUGAAGAACUUCCCCUACUACCGCGAGCACAAGCAGGGCUGGCAGAACUCCAUCCGCCACAACCUCAGCCUCAACAAGUGCUUCGUCAAGGUGCCGCGCCACUACGACGACCCGGGCAAGGGCAACUACUGGAUGCUGGACCCCAGCAGCGACGACGUCUUCAUCGGCGGCACCACGGGCAAGCUGCGCCGGCGCUCGGCCACCUCCCGCGGGAAGCUGGCCAUGAAGCGCGGGCUGCGCUUCGCUCCGCUCGGCCUGGGGAUUAACGAGCGGCCCAACAACCCGCUGUACUGGCAGAUCUCGCCCUUCCUCUCCCUGCACCACCACCACCACCACCACCCGCACUACAACGGCUCGUCGCCCGGCUUCCUCAACCAGACGGCCGGCUACGGCUCGCUGCUGCCGGCCGUGGAGCAGCUGAGCAACGGGGACUUGGGGCGCUCCAUUCUCGGCGGCUCGGCCGCGGGGGCUCUGGGCUUGACGAACACUUACGGGAUGAGCACGUCUCCGGUCGGGCUGCUCUCCGGACAGACUGCGGGUUACUUUGUCUCAGGGAGUCAGCACGCGGGCGCGCCGGGCGGAGCGCCUCCGCCGCCGCCGCCGCCGCCGCACCUCCAGCAGGGCGCGGCGAGCUUCGGCGGCCUGGCGAGCAGCAGCUCCACGGCCCUGCUUUCGGACUCGCUGAGGAACAGCUCGCUGCCGCCGGCCUUCUCCCCGGGGGUGUCGGCCAGCUUCCCCGGGGUUCUGUCCCACCAAAAGCGGGUGACCCCGAACGCGUUCCUGAACUGAGGCGCACGCCGCAUGCGGGCGAGGACUGACCGACAUCAGCGGCUCAGGAGAAGGAGAAGGGACACGCUGGUUUCCUGGCGAAAAAGGGAGAAAGUUUUGUUGCCUGCGGGCCGACAACUGUAAACUAGACUUGCCAAAGGUAACUAACUAUAUUUCAGACUAUUUAUAUCUUGUACAAAGAUCUUCGCUGGCUUGAGUCUUUUAUUUAUGUUUUGUAUUUAUUGUACAAUGUAUUUAAAGUCUAUUUGUUGUCGUAGACUCGUCAGUAUGGACUCGGACUAUUUAUGGACUUGUCAGACAAUCGCUCGCGCGCGCGCGCUCUCGUUCAAAUGACUCAUGAAGCCUUAAAGUGAGCAGGAGCCAGGUGGGAGGAAACCCGAGCCUCCAGAUCAUAUCUACUCAGGUCAGAGCCGGGACAUCCCAACGCCUCACCACCCGCUCCGCGGAAACCCCUUCUCUCUAUUCAACGAUGAACAACUGCACUUUGCCCGUUUUUUUAUUUAUUUUUCUCUCACUUGGCGUGAGGGCGUGUGCGCGCGGGCCCAAACUCACCGGCGCCGCGCGCGGAGGCCUCCGCGGGCUGCAGCGACCUUCGCUUGCUGCUUCAGCAGGAAGGAGGCUGGCGCACGCGCACGCACCGAUUGCGUCGAUUUGUCUGAUGUUUGCCGACAAUUGUGGUGAAAUAUUCCAAGUGGAGCCAGACGCAGUGCUUCAUCUGCGAGCGCCAACGUUAAAACUGCUGCUUCAACUGCAAACACCAAUAAAUGUUGGGAAAAUAUUUAUCCAAAAAUAUUUUUAAAUAAAAUAUUUUUUUCAAGACGAAAAGCUUUUUAUUAUUCAUCGUAGAAUAUCAAGGGCUACGCCAAGACCCAAAACCAAGUAGCGACAUUAAACCACGAGGACGAGAAAAAAUGUUUUCCAACUGGGACGACACAGUUGUUUUUAUAAUGCAGGAGAAAUUACGCUUGAAAUUUAGACAGCCGCAUUUGAAUUUAUUGCGCCCGAAGUUGUGACUAUAAAUCCGUCAGGAGGCAGAUCUGAAUCUCAAAUGACUCGUGUUGAACUCUUUCAAGUGUAACUCAGGAAACAAAGGUCCCUCUUUUCCCUCUCUUUUCUUAAAAACACAACUGAAUAAACCCAAUCAAUUAUAUGGCCACAAUACCGUUUUAACAGCUGUUUUACGGAGGACAACUGAGCCUCUGCUGAGAACGAUUUGAUCGAUACAUUUGGACUUUUGUGAGAAAAUAUAAUGUCAUUUUGAACGCUGAUAUUUCCACCACCAUUUUCGAAACAGCAACAGUGAGGUCAAAUUGCGCCACGACUGAAAGGCGCGUGAUUCACGGAAAUCGACGACUCCCAACCACCGUUUUCGUAACUCGGGUGUCGCCGCUCUCCAAGUGAGCGCUGUGUUCAGGUCCCGACAUCCGUCCCUUCACCACAAUCCAGGUCAGGAGUGGAACUCCGUAUGGCUCAGAACUUCAUGUCACACUGACCCAGUUCAAAGUGCGCGGCGAGCCUGGCCUCGUUCACAUGCUGGUGAAAACCGUGUGAAGGAGAGGAAGCACAAACUGGACCGGUCCAGUCCGAUUCCAUUCCAAACCCGUCAGCAGACAGAUUAAUGAUAAUAAAAAAAAUAAAAAAAAAUAAAAAAAACAUGGAGAAACAUUCUCUCGGUCACCGGCGAGUUUUAUUUUAUUUUAUUUCAAAUGGAUUUUUGCACGUUUGUCUUUAGCAUUCACCUGUUUGGCACCUGUGUUUUGUUGCUGUUUGUUUUUCAGAAGAGCUGAUUAAAAGUGAUGAAUGAA